AAGAGGUAUAAAACGUGAAAACAGAGCCCGGCCUUCAAAGUUGAACGAAAUCAUUUUAUUUUUUCUGUAACCAAAAAAUCAGAGCCUCCGUUGGCAGAAGAAGAAAGAAAAACCCCACAACAUCAACAGCCGCCAUGAAAAAGCUCUACAACAAGAAAGGCAAAGUCCACCCAUCUCCAUCGCCGCCCUCCAUAGCCGAUCCUCUGGCUCUGCUUCCCGCAGCCAUUCUCACCCUAACCGCAGCCCUCUGUGAAGAAGACAAGCAGGUCCUCGCCUACCUCAUCUCCUGCACCAACAACAACAACAACUCAGGCCGCAAAUUCUGCACAACCCAUGAGCCCAACAGAAGCGGAGGCGAGGCUGGUGGGCCCCGGCCCCACCUGCACCCUCCUCUGUUCCAGUGCGACUGCUUCAGGUGCUACACGAGCUUUUGGGCGCGCUGGGAUGCUUCGCCCAAUCGCCAGCUGAUACAUGAGAUCAUAGAGGCUUAUGAGGAGAGGCUGGCGGAGAAGAAGAAGAAGCUGAGGAGCUCAAAGGUGAGGAAGGCAGAGAGAAGGAAGAUGAACAAAGUUGGUGAUGAUGAAUUAAUUAAAGGCAGCAGGGGAAAUGGUCACAUGGGUUCUGGGGAAUUAGGGCAAGUGAUGAUGGAAGAGGUGGAGGUGGGCCCAGAUGUUGUUGUUGUUGAAAUGGACGGUGGUGAUUGCUCUGGUGAUGAUGAAGGCUCUGAAGUCGGGAUGGAGAAGGGGACCAUGAGGAGGCUGGUGAGUUUCAUUGGGGACAGGAUUUGGGGUGUUUGGAAUAGGGCUUAGUUCUGUCCUCAACACAGAUAAGUUCCUAAUUACCAAAUUAUUUUCCUGUUUCAAUUUUUUUUUUUUAAUCCCUUUUUGUAAAUUAUCCGUCUCUUGUUAAUUUGGGUUUUGGUUUUGGUUUUAGUUCUUCUUGUUUUUUUUUUCCAAGAUAGUUUUACUAGAUUGGAUAUAAAUUCCAAUCUGGUGCUUAAUUUUGGAUUAUUGGAAGGGUGUUCCUCUUGUAAAUGAUCUGUGUUUCGCUUCAUAUGUGAGAUUGAUGAUGUAUGAUUCAUCUGCAAUAACAUUUUUGCAGCAUUUAUCCUUCUGCAUUGAGGUCA